ACGCAGCGUCCAACGGAGAACAGCUUACGUUAACAGAGUCUCUGAAUUUCCAGUGACCCUUCUAGCCGGGUCCAUUUACUCUCUAUGGUAAAGCUCGUUGUUUUCGUCGCUUCGGCCUUUUUUUCCUCUGAGUUGAUGACGAAGACGGAAAUGAAAACAGGAAAACAAUUGACACCGACGACCAAAAAAAUAAAUAAAUAAACAAACCCGGAAGCGGAAAUAGUGCAAGAAAGCCAGUGAGAGUGAGAUAGGGGGACAGACAAACCCUUUCUCCUGGAAGGAACCCAAGGCCGAGAUGGCGCUCUGUGUAAAAAUGAUUUCAAGCAUGGGAAAUACUAUAAUAAGAACUACACUGCAUAUGUUCAUGAGGUCACAAGGCCACUGAUACCAAUAGCAAUCCAAUCCUGGCACUGGAUGUAUUGUUACCUAGCCCUACCUGGGUGGUCAUGAACGGAAGCGCACUGCCAUUAUCACCAGUUGAGGGAGGGAUGGUGGGAGAACCUGCCUCUCUCCCCUCCUUGGGUUGGCGGGAAUUCUGUGAAGUCCAUGCUCGCGCUGCUGCAGUUGAUUUUGCCCGUCGUUUCCGGACUUUUCUUGGUGAGAACCCCCAGUUUGCCACCCCAGGAGCUGAAGCUGCUUUCUCACACCGCUUUGCAGAGCACUUCCUAGAACAUUUUGAGGCUGAGGUGAGCCGGGCUUACACCAGUGACUCGCCACCCCGCUGUGACAUCGCUCCUUUCACUGGUUGUUCUUCUGCACGGGACCUCUCGGAGACCUGCAGUGACUCCUCAGUGGCUUCCCCUGUGGAGCCUCCAUUGGGCCCACCCUCUGGUCUCUCUAGCAGUCAGUCCCGCAGCUCUGAAGAUGUUUCUGGUGUGGCAGCCGUUACCGCUACAAAGCCAAAGCUGAAGAAGCGCUUUUCUUUGCGCAGUGUUAGCCGCAGUGUCCGAGGUAGCGUACGUGGCAUUCUGCAGUGGAAGACCUCGGCUGAAUCCUCUGGUGGUGGAGAUGGGACACCCACUGGAGCCAACAGUAAUUCCAAUUCUUCAGGGGGCGGUGACUCAGAGCGUUGGACUCACCGAUUUGAACGUCUUCGACUCAACAAAGCCUCUCCAGCCGCUCUCCGAGUCGAACUGGCUAGUGUGCGCCGGGAAGGCCUACUGAACUAUAUUGUGGCUGAUGAUGGGUCAGGCGGGGGCAGUAGGACACGCUGGCAGAAAUGCCGUCUUCUCCUGCGCAAAGCAGGGAAGGGAGAAGGGGAGGGUUACCUGCUGGAGUUCUACAUCCCACCAAAGGCAACAAAGCCACGGGUCAGCAUUGCUUGUUCCUGUGUAAUGGAUGUACGAACAACAACUCCACUGGAGAUGCCAGACAAAGAGAACACUUUUGUGCUGAAGCUAUCAAGUUCCUUGGAGUAUAUCCUUGAGACUGUUGACUCACUGCAGAUGCGAUCAUGGUUGGCUGACAUUCAAGAAUGCAUGGGCCUGGGAGAAAGUACUGAUAGCCUGGAGCAGCCAUGCAUGAAUCACUCAGAUAGCAUGCCCAGCCGGGAACUUCCCAUGGUGCCAAGUGAGAGCAAUGAACAACUCAGUCAAGGUGCCUAUGGUGGACUGAUGGAACGCCCCUCAGCCUCCAUUUCUCCCAGCUCAGUCUCUAUUGCUGCCUCACACUUUGAUUCAAUGGAGCUGCCUCCUCCUCAGCUGCUGCCUCGGGUGCCAGUCAAUGAAGGGCAAUUUUCCACUGGCUUCCUCCAUACAACUUUCCCUGAAACUCCUGAAACCACAGGUUCCUUCCUUUUCCAAGGGGAACCCGACCCGGGUGGAGGUAGUCUUGGUGACACUGAGCACCCACUCUCUGAAUACCCAUGGUUCCAUGGCACCCUGUCCCGUCUCAAAGCUGCCCAGUUGGUGUUAGCAGGAGGAGCAAACAGCCAUGGCGUCUUCUUAGUGCGUCAAAGUGAGACACGGCGGGGUGAAUACGUCCUGACCUUCAACUUCCAGGGGAAAGCCAAGCAUCUGCGUCUCUCCUUGAAUGAAGAAGGGCAGUGCCGUGUUCAGCAUCUCUGGUUCCAGACUAUUUUUGACAUGCUGGAGCAUUUUCGGGUCCAUCCCAUCCCCCUCGAAUCAGGGGGCUCCAGUGAUGUGACGCUUGUCAGCUACGUGGUUGCUUCACAAAGGCUGCAUGGCCGGGACCGGGCUGGGAGCCGAGCGCCAGUGUCUGGGUUCAGUGGGGACCCUGACUCGCCCCCCAACCUCAUCUCCAUCCUUGCUGCUGCCUCCGCGGGUGACUGCGUAGCCGAGCAUCUCUCGUAACCUGCCACUGCCACCUCCUCUUCCUCCAGCCCGGCCAUCUCAUGCUCCUCUGGACCAUGGAUUGCCAGAGUCUAAAGGGCAGAGUGAAGAGGAAGCUCAGAUGGAGCCGGAGGUGGAUGAGGGAGCAUCUGUGAGAGUUGGAUCCCUUCCUCUGCCAGAAGAGUCAGAAGGGCGAGCCAGGGCUGUGAACAACCAGUACUCAUUUGUUUGAACACAGUGGUGAUGUGAAAAAUAAUAAUAAUAAUAAUUAUAAGGGAACAAGCCCUUUUGCUCUAACUAUUACUAGAUGGAAGAUCUGAUGUUGACCAUAGGUACCAGAUGGGCUUGAACACCCAACAGACUUCUAGACCUUCCUUGAGAAAUCUUUGAGGUGGGGAUGGACCUCAUCCCCCUCAGUUCUUCUUGCCCUCUUUCCCUGGGUAUGGAGGGAGCCUCACUUUUGCUUACCCGCUCUCCCCACCCAAUCUAGGUACAUGGCCCUCUUGGGGUUCUGCUAUCGGCUUUCAACCCCUUAGUCUGCACUACUUUUGGUCCUGUUUGGGUUGUUGAGAAAUUGGCCUGUCCUUUCCCUCUUUCCUCCUCCUCCUCCUCAUACCCUCUCCCUUUCUUCAAGCCUCUGCAGUUGGAUAGUCCACAAGAAACACUACCUGGAGGAAAUGAGAGUGGUUGUAGCUCCAGGAUAAAUGUUGACUUCCAUCAUUUGUACCCUUGCCUUUCUUGGUGAAUGUAUGGAGUUUCUGAAUGUAAUCCUUUCCCCUCACAGUUUCUCUUCGUGGGGAAAAGUUGGCUGCUUCCCCCCCCCCAUUUAAAUAUAUAUUUAUAUUCUUUUCUCUGCUUCCUUCCCCUUCCCCAAAUGAUGAGAACUGGUGACUUAUUAAGCAGUCUAUACCCCAGGGAAUCACAUCAUGCUAUGAAAUACACCUUUGGGGAGACUGUCCUUUUCCUCUUAUUCUCUAUGCUCCCUUCCUUCUCCUCUUUUAAGAUUUAUUUUUCUACUGUGGACUAGUUGGACUGCUCAGGCCCCCUCCCUGCCUUUUCAAUUUUUUUCUGUCCCUUUUUUAAUUAUUCUGGGAUACAGUUCUGUGUUUUGUUUAUGGGGGGGGGGAGUUUGUAUAAAAAUAAAUAAAGGAAACAUUCUACCUUUU